UCCGCCUGCAGCCAGAUAACAGCCCCAACAGUUGGACCAAACACUAGCUAGUCCCCCACCGCAACUUGAUGGACACCAAAACACUCUAACGGUCUCCUCCACAGCCCCGAAACACUCUUUUCAUGUGUUUGGGAUAGUCAGCGGACUGAAGUUUGCGCUGAAAGUUCCAGUAGAUGUGUAGUACUAUAUGAAAGAAGUUGUUCAGAGAUACUGCCGAUAAAGAGGAAGGCUGUAGGGAGAGAAAGGAGGGACGCAGCUUUAACAGUUCCAGCGCGCAGCGGCGGUAAACAGCACCAUGAGCGUCCCGCUUUACGCACCGACUCCAAUCCAGCCGGCUCACCCGACACCAUUCUACAUCGAGGACAUUCUGGGGAGGACUGCCACCUCCACCACUAUCUCCUCGCCCUGUUCCUCUUCUUCUUCUUCUUCCUCCUCCUGCUCCACUCCGAUCAUUCCCACACCGACUCUCCCGUCGCCCAACUCCUCCUUCACAAGUCUCAUCUCGCCGUACAGGACGCAGAUUUAUGAACCCACACCGAUCCAUCCGGCACUGUCUCACCACGCCGCUGCUGCGUUGAGCGCGACGUACGCCUCCGCCGGGGCUUUCGCCGGCUCCAUCUACCCGUUCCACCACCACCAGCACCACCGCUCCAUGGGGGAGUACGCACAGGCGCUGCUGAGGCACGACCCUCUCGGGAAACCUCUGCUGUGGGCCCCCUUCAUACAGCGGCCCUUACAUAAAAGAAAGGGCGGCCAGGUCCGGUUCUCUAACGACCAGACGAUCGAGCUGGAGAAGAAGUUUGAGACGCAGAAAUACCUCUCUCCUCCGGAGAGGAAGCGACUGGCCAAGAUGCUGCAGCUCAGCGAGAGACAGGUUAAGACCUGGUUUCAAAAUCGACGAGCAAAGUGGCGAAGACUCAAACAGGAAAACCCUCAGGGAGGUAAGAGGGAGGUGGAGGAUGAGAGUCCCGCCGGGAGAAGUAAUAAAGGAGACGAGACGACCGAGCCUUCCGGGAUCCAGAACCCGGAGCAGAGACACACAGUCCCGGCCUCGGACCUGGCGCAGGCGGGCCGUUGCGUGCGCCCCGUGUCCCCGCAUCAGGCGCACACCGAGCUGGACUCUGACGUGUCCGAUGACACAGACCAGGAGCUGGACAUAGAGGAGGACGACGACGACUACACACUGAACCCAUAGUUGGGACACUGACACUGGAUGCACUCGGGGCGGCUGUGGCUCAGGCGGUAGAGCGAUCGGAGGGUUGGUGGUUCGAUCCCUGGCCCUGCAGUCUGUUGCUGAAUCGUCCUUGGGCACUGGACACUGAACCCCGAAUUGCUCCCGAUGCUGCGCCAUGCAUCGGUCUGUAAAUGUGUGUGAAUGUUAAUCUGAUCUCACACACCUCGUACGGCAGCCUCGGCCGCAGUGUAAUUCAAUGUGUGUGAUGAAUGUGAAUGUGUGUGGAUGGUAAACGGGGCCUGUAAUAUGUAAAAGCGCUUUGAGUAGUCGUUAAGACUGGGAAAGCGCUACAUACAGUCCGUAGCUACCUUUCCUCGGACAUUCGGAGCUGGAUGAUGAAGAUCAGCUGGAUGAUGGACUCCUCUGACACUUGAACCUGUUCAUUCACCUUCACUGCAGUCUUUUUACGCCAGGAUGCCAGACAGCUUGAUAGACUAGUUCCUGAUGUAAUAUUAAGGUAAAAAUCAGUCCCCGAAAACUACAACAUUUCACCAUCUCCCAGUGCCUUUCACUAUUGGACACUUUUCUGUUUGUAAAUAAUGCAUAUAGCACUCUGCUGUAUUUGUGUGGAUUGUGUCUGUGUUAUGUGUCGAUCACUGUAAAUGAACAGUAGACAUUAGUUUCAGGCCUACUGUAUGUCGUCUGGGAUGAUACACGUUCACAUAGUUAGUCUUUGGGCCGUUACCUUCAAUCAUGAUGUUCCAGUAAAUAAUCAAUGUAGCGCAAAUUAUGUUUUGUUGUGUGAUAUCUAAUAAACUAUUUUUGUGGUAAGAACACA